UGAUUGGCUCAUCUCGGUGCCGGAACAAGGAAAGUGGGCACUACAAAUUUAGACACAUACAUUUCUAUGCUUAAGAAUAAGAUUGCUUAACUAGAUUCAACUUUUUUGUUCAGAAUUUUGUGGCAGACCAUAAUAUAUGGCUCUUUCAGAGUGCAGAGUGCCUUUCUGUCUCUGUGUAGAAAAUCCAUGGAGACCGACCACAGUGAUCCCCCCUUUUCACACAUUUAACAAGAUCUGGAUUUUACGGGACGCGAUGGUGCAAUGCAUGAGUGUGUGUGUGUGUGUGUAUGUGUGUGUGUUUGCCAUCUUUGUAUCUCAUACAUACAGUGUCUCCUUGCAAGCUGAGUCUUUGUGUGGACCACAAAACCGAUUUAACAGCCUCCAUUGUUGACCUCUGCAUGUUGGUAACUCCCUGGUCCCUUUGACAUAAGCACAUGAGGCUGGAACCUGACAAGAUCUCAAACGACGGAGGAAAACAAGCUUUGAAUCAGAAGGAGAAAUGUUUGUCACCGUCCUGUUUGGAGAAAGCAAAAUGGAAUUGUUUAACAUCAACUGCAAACUGAUACACUUUGUCCACAAUUUAAAGGAGCGCUGUGGUGUGGACUUGAACGAGUGUGUGGACCUGAUGAGCCGCAACGGGAGAGUAGUGAAUUUAGAAACCAAGCAACUCAGUGUGGAUCUGGCAAGCGGCCUGCUGGCAGAGAGACAGCAUUAUGUCCUCCUACAAGUUUGUCGAAAUGAUGAUGGAGACCAGAAGUAUAUUUCCCUCUUACGCAAUGUCAGCCAGAGUCAUCCGGAAUUAAAAGAGCCGCUGAGGAAAGUUUGCAACCCUGGCCAAGAGCCAGCCAAGAAGGUCAAUUCUGUACGGAGAGGGCACGCACGCAAUCGUGUCAAUCGGGAGCACGGCCAACAUUCAUCCAGCACCCAUCUCGCCACUCAUCAUAUCUGAACACUUAUCCUGCUCAGGGUCAUGGAUGAAGCUAACUCUUACACUUUUGUUUGUAAAUGUUUGUAAUGUUUUGUUUUCAUUAGUGAUGGGUCCGGCAACACCGAUGCGUCGGCGCAUGUGUCGAGCUCAUAGAGCGAAGCCCCGUUUCGGUGCGCGUAUCGCUUUAAAAAAAGUCACGUGACCGAACGAACAUCAGCGUAGUCUGUCAAGGAAGCGAGCCAAAGCUCCGAUAAAGGAAGUAGUGAUGUGCAUUCCACUUCUUUUAAGUGAACGGAAUCUUUUGAAUCAGUUCACCCAAAAGAUUCGUUCAAACGAAUCGUU